UCCUGUUGCGCGAGCCGCGCACGUGUGUCCCUAAAGGAAGUAACGUCAACCGGGAGAGUUGAGCCCGGCACCUCGGUGAAGGCGUUUCUCCGCCAGAAUGUCGCACUUGCAGAUGAAACUCCUGCGCAAGAAGAUCGAGAAGCGGAACCUCAAAUUGCGGCAGCGGAACCUAAAGCUGCUGGGAGCCUCAAAUGCGAGCCUGUCAGAAACUCACAAUGGCAUUGUACCUGAAGAAACAACAAGAGUCAAAAAAAAAGUUAAAAAAUCCCUAAAACAGCCUACAAAUGUGGGCUUGUCAGAAGCUGAAAAUGGAAAUGUGUCUGAAGAAGCAGGGAAAGUUGUGAAAGUUAAAAAAUCCGUGAAACUUUCUGUGGCUGCCAGCUUGUCAGAAGCUCAAAAUGGAGAUGAGCCUAAAGAGACAGGGAGCGUUAGAAAAGUUAAAAAAUCUCCAAAACAUUCUGUGAAUGUGGGCUUGUCAGAUGCUCAAAAUAGAGAUGAGCCUGAAGAGACAGUGGAAAAUGUCAAAGUUCAAAAGUUCCCCCACAAAUCUACUGUGUUAGCCAAUGGACAAGCAGCAACACAGUCUCCUGACUCCGUAUCAAAAAAGAAAAAGAAGAAAAAAAGAAAAAUAGUGAAUGAUGCUGGACCUGAUACAAAAAAAGCAAAAACUGAAGAAAGCAUGGAAACUCCUGGACAAACAAAAGAUGGUGUGGGGAAGUCAGAUGGUGAGGAAGGUGACAGCGAAUUGCCCAGCCUGCCCCUGGGACUGACAGGAGCUUUUGAGGAUACCUCUUUUGCUUCUCUAGCUGAUCUUGUCAAUGAAAACACUCUGAAGGCAAUAAAAGAAAUGGGUUUCACAAACAUGACUGAAAUUCAACAUAAAAGUAUUAGACCUCUUCUGGAAGGCAGGGAUCUCUUAGCAGCUGCAAAAACAGGCAGUGGCAAAACCCUUGCAUUUCUCAUCCCUGUGAUUGAACUCAUUGUUAAGUUAAAGUUCAUGCCCAGGAAUGGAACAGGGGCCCUUAUUCUGUCCCCUACGAGAGAACUGGCCAUGCAGACGUUUGGUGUUCUUAAGGAGCUGAUGACUCACCACGUUCACACGUAUGGCUUGAUCAUGGGUGGCAGUAACAGAUCUGCAGAAGCCCAGAAACUUGUUAAUGGGAUCAACAUCAUUGUGGCCACACCAGGCCGCCUGCUGGAUCAUAUGCAAAAUACCCCAGGGUUUAUGUAUAAAAACCUACAGUGUCUGGUUAUUGACGAGGCAGAUCGUAUCUUGGAUGUUGGUUUCGAAGAAGAAUUAAAGCAAAUUAUUAAACUUCUGCCAGUACGCAGACAGACCAUGCUCUUUUCUGCCACACAAACUCGAAAAGUUGAAGACCUGGCAAGGAUUUCUUUGAAAAAGGAGCCAUUGUAUGUUGGCGUGGAUGAUGACAAAACUAAUGCCACAGUGGAUGGUCUUGAGCAGGGAUACGUUGUUUGUCCUUCGGAAAAGAGAUUCCUUCUCCUCUUUACAUUUCUUAAGAAGAACCGAAAGAAGAAGCUCAUGGUCUUCUUUUCAUCCUGUAUGUCCGUGAAAUACCACUACGAAUUGCUGAACUACAUUGAUUUGCCUGUCUUGGCCAUUCAUGGGAAGCAGAAACAAAAUAAGCGUACAACGACAUUCUUCCAGUUCUGCAAUGCAGAUUCAGGGAUAUUGUUGUGUACAGAUGUGGCAGCGAGAGGGCUGGAUAUUCCUGAAGUCGACUGGAUCGUUCAGUAUGACCCUCCAGAUGACCCUAAGGAAUAUAUUCACCGUGUGGGCAGAACAGCCAGAGGCCUAAAUGGAAGAGGGCAUGCCUUGCUCAUUUUGCGCCCAGAAGAAUUGGGUUUCCUUCGUUACUUGAAGCAGUCCAAGGUUCCACUAAGUGAAUUUGACUUCUCCUGGUCUAAAAUUUCUGACAUUCAGUCUCAGCUUGAAAAGUUGAUUGAAAAGAACUACUUCCUUCAUAAAUCAGCCCAGGAAGCAUACAAGUCAUACAUACGAGCAUAUGAUUCCCAUUCUCUGAAGCAGAUCUUUGAUGUCAAUAACCUAAAUUUGCCUCAGGUUGCUCUGUCAUUUGGUUUCAAGGUGCCUCCUUUUGUUGAUCUCAACGUGAACAGCAGUGAAGGCAAGCACAGGAAGAGAGGAGGCGGCGGCGGGUUCGGCUACCAGAAAAGCAAGAAAGUCGAGAAGUCCAAAAUCUUUAAACACAUUAGCAGGAAAUCAUCAGGCACCAGGCAGUUCUCUCACUGAAGACAAAUUCUUUUGAUCUAGAGUAACCCUCCUGAAAUGAAUUCUUUUUCGUUUACAAAGAAAUUUUUGUAGCCCAUCAAGUCUUUUUAUCAUUGCUGUGAGCAUACAAUUUUUUUAUUUUAAAUAUUCCUUGCAAAAAUUUUUGUUACUGUUUUACUACCAAUAUAAUUUUUUUUUGUACCUUUCCUUCUGGCUACAUGAAGAUGUUUGUGGCAGUGUUGCUAUGCUACCUUACUAUGCAGAGGGACCUAGUAUACCAGACAGGUGGUGGUAAUGUGGAAGAAAAUAGGUUUACCCUUUGGUUUUGUGUCUUGGACCUCAAGGAUUUGGAGCAAUUCCUUAAAAUGCUGCAGUUCGAAAGGGCAGAACACUUCGAGAGACACACAAGCAGCUGUAGGUAAGAGGUGCUGUUUUGAUGCUCCUGGCUUUAAAACAACAAGCUUUCCUUAGGAAGGAAGGAGGGAGGAAGGAAAGGAGAUAUUUAAGUUCAUCAUGACGUGAUUUGGAUUUUUGUGAAACCUUCCAACUCUGCAGCAUACUCAAAAGACAAGGGCAGAUAUCAGUAGAUUUAAAAGCAAGUCUGAAACAGUGCUUGAGGAAAAAAAUUACCUCUUCUAGGUCUGUGAAACAAAAAAUACAUGUGUAGUGAAAACUGAAAUGAAAACAACAAAACACAGGAAUGUGUUUUUGUGUAGGACCACUUGAUUUCUAGUCAGUUUUGUGUGGUGUAUAACUCCAAAGUAGCUAAAUGUAGUAGGAGUUCCAAUUGCUGUCAUACUAUUUAAUAUUCAGAAAGUCCUGUUAAAUGUAAUUGUGCGGAGGACAUCAAGUGUAGAGAAAGGAAUUGGAUGAGCGGCACGACAGUGGAAAAAGAGAAGAACAGUGUCCACCACUGCAUGACCACUGCAUUGUCCCGGCUGCGCGUCUGCGUUUCAGACCUUGACUCCUAAACAUCUGGCUUGGCUUCUUGGAUUCCCAACUCCUGGCAUAAAAUAACUGUCUCUUCAGUACUGUUUGUUUCAGAAACAGUUAUGUUUCAAAAAAUACACAAAAGCAAAGGAAGAAUAAUCACUGGACAGAAGUAAUACUGUUGAUAUUUUGAGAUGUGACCUUCCAGAUUUUUAUAUGUAUAUUUAUACUUUUUAAUUUUUUUAUCAAAAGUGAAGUCAUCUGCCUACUACUAAUAACCAGAUUGUUCCAUAUUAUUUCCCUAUGUCAUUAAAUCAUUGCUCCAUCAUUUUAUAUUGCA